CAAAGUCUGUUUCUGCCCGUCUGUUGGGCCAAACAGACAGCCCCCAAACCUUCACCCUCAUCUUCAUUUUUUUUUCACUUAUUUGCUGUUCCACCCCAAAACCAACCAUACGAUUUCCCCCGAGCUCCCCUAAUUCCCCCGCCCCCCCAGCCGCCCCCCGCUACCGUCGUCCUCCCGACACAACCCACCCCCCGUUUUCCGAGCUGGCGUGGCGACGCAAACUCACAAAUAUUUACUUCCUGUACAUCAAGAGGAAAGGGGGCCCCCCUUUCGUGGAAUGCGGCAACAUGGGUGUGUUUGACCGCGGAGUUCAGAUGCUGCUGACCACGGUGGGGGCCUUUGCCGCCUUCAGCCUUAUGACCAUCGCCGUGGGGACGGACUACUGGCUGUACUCGCGCGGUGUCUGCAAGAUCAAGAGCACCAACGAGAAUGAGACCAGCAAGAAGAACGAGGAGGUGAUGACGCACUCGGGCCUCUGGAGGACCUGCUGCCUGGAAGGUUCUUUUAAAGGCAUGUGUAAGCAGAUAGAUCACUUCCCAGAGGAUGCUGAUUAUGAGGCAGAUGCUUCUGAGUACUUCCUACGCGCUGUACGAGCCUCCAGUAUCUUCCCCAUCCUGAGUGUGAUCCUGCUCUUCAUGGGGGGGCUGUGCAUCGCCGCCAGCGAGUUCUACAAGUCACGCCACAACAUCAUCCUCAGCGCCGGUAUCCUCUUUGUCUCCGCAGGCCUGAGCAACAUCAUAGGAAUCAUUGUGUACAUAUCAGCCAACGCUGGGGACCCUUCCAAGAGUGACUCCAAGAAGAACAGCUACUCCUACGGCUGGUCCUUCUACUUCGGCGCCCUCUCCUUCAUCAUGGCCGAAAUGGUGGGCGUGCUGGCCGUGCACAUGUUCAUCGACCGCCAUCGGGAGUUGCGCGUGGGGGCGCGGGCCGCCGACUACCUCCAAGGUGCUGCCAUCACGCGCAUCCCCAGCUACCGCUACCGCUAUCGACGCCGCUCACGCUCUUCGUCCCGGUCCACGGAUCCCUCGCACUCCCGCGAGGCAUCGCCGGUGGGCCUGAAGGCCUUCGGGACGCUGCCCUCCACCGAGCUGUCCAUGUACACGCUGCCCAAGGGCCAAACGGGCACCCCGACAGCCACCUACAACUCCACGGAGAGGGACCACAACUUCCUGCAGGUCCACAACUGUAUCCAGAAGGACCUGAAAGACUCAGGCGGCACCGCCAACCGACGCACCACACCUGUAUGAAACUGAUGCGAGGGACCUCAGACAAUGAAAAAAAUAAAAAUAAAAAUCAGAGGGAAUUUGGGGGGAGGCGGCAAAAGACGGAUAAUGGUGUAAAGGAGACGGAAGGGGAGAAGGGGGCUUUAAUGGCUAUAUGGAGUGAGGGGGUAAUAGCGACAUAGGGGAAGUUCUGAGCGCUCCACAGCACCUCAGAUGAUCACUUAGUUUCUGUUUUAAAAAAAAGGAAACGGAAAAAAAAAUGCGUAAAAAAAAAAAAAAAAGGAACAUGCAUGAUUUUCCCAUCUACCAUUGUUUAACAAUGUUUUGAACAUGUUUGUAAAGAUAUGAGGGGGAGGAUGGGGAAAGAGGAGUU